AUGUGGGCUCUGAAAAGGUUGAAUCUUGGCUGGACUGAAGUUACUAAUCUGAGAAUGACACAACUCAACGAAAUGGAAGAAUUCCGUCUCCAUGUCUAUGAGAGUGCAACCAUGUAUAAGGAACGAAUGAAGUUUGUUCAUGACAAGAAGAUCUUGAAGUGGGAAUUCAAAUCUGGUGACUUGGUCUUGAUCUUCAACUCGAGACUCAAGUUAUUUCCGGGCAAACUCAAAUCCAAAUGGUCUGGCCCGUUCAAAAUUGUGAAUGUGUCCCCUUACGGUGCUAUUGAAUUAGAGUCGGAGGACGGACUUCGAACUUUCAAAGUAAAUGGCCAACAGGUUAAGCAUUACCUGGGCACAACAGGAGACAAUCACUUGGUAGAGCAAUUUGCUCUCAAGGAUAGUCCACCCCCACCACUGAGUAGCCCAAAAGGGACCAAUAUCAUCGUGUCGCGACGUUAA